GGGAUGCUGACUGUGGCGCUGAUACCCCUGCGCUCUGCUCUGGUGGGCUGCGGUCUGCGUGGGCUCUGUGGACACAUCAGACAGACGGAUCCGUGGCUGGGAGCUGAGAUGAGAUAAGCGUUCCUUUUCUCUCCGCCGAGGUGCUGCAGCGCCGCGCACGCAGGACGGACGUGGGCACUUUAUCACCGAAAACCUCCGCGUCCGGGGUUUAAACGUAUUUGUCUGCAGACUGUUCCCCCGGAAAGGUUCGCCUUCCGUUUGUACAUAAAGGUCACCCGGAGGAUGGUCCCGACGCUGCUCUCCAGAGGUGAUGUGAGUUGAAGCGGUGGGGAAGCCGCAGAGGAGCUGUCCGUCUGUCGAGGUGCUGAUGCGGCUGUGACAGAACCGAGCAUGGCUGCGGGGAAGUUACUGCUCUACGCCGGCCUCUCUCUUUCUCUUUGCGCCCUGGGCAUGCUGGCCGUGGCGAUGUGCUCCGACCACUGGUACGAGACAGACGCCAGACGGUACAGGGAGCGGUGCCGAAGCUUUUCCAGCCGCCGCAAGGACCCGGGCUUCAUCUACAUCCCCAACAACAGCCUACCGCUGCGGGCCAGCCGGAGCAGCGUGUCCCGCUGGCAAGAGAAGCUGCUUUUGGCCCGGAACAGACGGCAGCUGUUCGCCAUGAGCGCCGCAGAUGAAUGUAGUAGGCAGUAUAACUCCACCAACAUGGGGCUGUGGAGGAAAUGCCAUCGGCUGGCCUUCGACCACGAAAUCGAAGAGAGCAUCCGGAAAGGUAAGACAAGAAUGAAAUAG